AUGGCGUCUUCAUUGAUGCGAUGGAUGCUAAACCCUAACAAGAACUGGCUCGCUGCUCAACACAAGAAAGCACUCUCCGCUCGCCUCCGUAAAUACGGUCUUCGAUAUGAUGAUCUAUAUGAUCCUAUGUAUGAUUUGGAUAUAAACGAAGCCUUAAAUAGGCUACCUCGAGAGAUCGUUGAUGCUCGUAAUCAGAGACUGAAGCGUGCUAUGGAUCUUUCAUUGAAGCACACGUAUCUACCUGAAGAUCUUCAGGCAAAACAAACACCAUUUAGAAGCUAUCUUCAAGAGAUGUUGGCUCUUGUAAAAAGAGAAAGAGCAGAACGCGAAGCUUUAGGAGCAUUGCCGUUAUACCAACGAACAAUUCCUUGA